ACAAGCCGUUCGGCCACGCUACUGUCUCUCCAAUCCUCAGGAGACUGAAUGAGAGCUUCCAGGAACAUGAGCACUUCCCCCACUUGAGACUGCACAACACUUUCUUCAGUCCAUGGAGAAUAGUCAAAGAAGGUGGAAUUGAACCAAUCCUGAGAGGUGUAAUUGGAACUAAAGCACAAGCUGUUAGGGCAAACAUGUUGUUGACAGAAGAGCUAACAGAGAGGCUGGACGUCCUUAACGUGCCACAGCACAUGGACCUGGCUUCGCUGAACCUGCAGAGAGGAAGAGAUCAUGCUCUCCCAGGAUAUAAUGAUUGGAGAGCAUUCUGUGGACUGAAGCGCAUUAAGACACUGGAUGAUUUCAAGGAGGUUGUGAGAGACUGGAGGGCUGCUGAGAAGAUAUUAAAAAUAUACAAACAUCCUGACAAUAUUGAUGUAUGGCUUGGAGGGCUUGUUGAAAACUUGCUGCCGGACUCAAGAAUCGGUCCCCUCUUUGCUUGCCUGAUAGGAAAGCAGAUGAAAGCGCUUCGUGAUGGUGAUAGGUUUUGGUGGGCAGCUGAAGGUAUGUUCACCCAGCAACAGAAGGCUGAGCUUUCAAAAGGUUCCCUGUCUCGUAUCAUCUGUGACAACAGCGACAUAAGGGAAGUCCUUCCUGAUUCUUUCAGGUUUGGGAAAUACCCAUCUGAUUACAUCUCUUGUGAGCAUAUACCAUCAAUGAAUUUGGAAGCCUGGAGAGAGGAGAAGAGCCGAGACUUAGAACAGUGUGGCGCUCCAGGAGAAAUAAAGAAUGGGGAUUUUAUUUUGUCCUCUACAUCUGGCAGACUGGUCGCUCUGUACUCCUGUUACCAUGGUUUCAAGUUAAAGGGUGCAACAGCAAUAGUUUGUGAGGGAAAUCGAUGGAGUGAUCAAUCCCCACAAUGUACAGGGAAUCAGUAAGUUGUUGACAAUGCAUCGGAUCCAGAAAUACGUCAUUGUAUUAUAACCAAGCUCAGGGAAAC